GUACUUCGGCAGGGUGCCACCAUGACUGCUUGCAAUGCCUCACAGGGCCACCCUUCUUUCUUCAUUCUCCAAGGAAUUCCUGGCAUGGAGGACAAACACAGAUGGAUAUCUAUCCCCUUCUCCUCCAUGUAUUUCGUUAUGGUGCUUGGGAACUGCACCAUCCUCCUCACCAUCUCCACAGAGCGCUCCCUGCACAAACCCAUGUUCCUGCUCCUAUGUCUGUUGGCCCUCACAGACCUGGGCAUGUCUACAACCACCAUUCCCAAGGCAAUAUAAAAAAAUCAGGAGGAGGAGCCAAGAUGACCGAAUAGGAACAGCUCCGGUCUACAGCUCCCAGCGUGAGCGACGCAGAAGACGGGUGAUUUCUGCAUUUCCAUCUGAGAUAAUGUGAUACUAUGUGGAGGUUCCUGACCACAGAGAAUGUCCAGCACUCUUGGCCACAACAUGGAAUCUCCUAAUCACACUGAUGUUGACCCUUCUGUCUUCUUCCUCCUGGGCAUCCCAGGUCUGGAACAAUUUCAUCUGUGGCUCUCACUCCCUGUGUGUGGCUUAGGCACAGCCAUAAUUGUGGGCAAUAUAACUAUUCUGGUUGUUGUUGCCACUGAACCAGUCUUGCACAAGCCUGUGUACCUUUUUCUGUGCAUGCUCUCAACCAUCGACUUGGCUGCCUCUGUCUCCACAGUUCCCAAGCUACUGGCUAUCUUCUGGUGUGGAGCCGGACAUAUAUCUGCCUCUGCCUGCCUGGCACAGAUGUUCUUCAUUCAUGCCUUCUGCAUGAUGGAGUCCACUGUGCUACUGGCCAUGGCCUUUGAUCGCUGCAUGGCCAUCUGCCACCCACUCCGCUAUGCCACAAUCCUCACUGACACCAUCAUUGCCCGCAUAGGGGUGGCAGCUGUAGUGCGAGGCUCCCUGCUCAUGCUCCCCUGUCCCUUCCUUAUUGGGCGUUUGAACUUCUGCCAAAGCCAUGUGAUCCUACACACGUACUGUGAGCACGUGGCUGUGGUGAAGCUGGCCUGUGGAGACACCAGGCCUAACCGUGUGUAUGGGCUGACAGCUGCACUGUUGGUCAUUGGGGUUGACUUGUUUUGCAUUGGUCUCUCCUAUGCCCUAAUUGCACAAGCUGUCCUUCGCCUCUCAUCCCAUGAAGCUCGGUCCAAGGCCCUAGGGACCUGUGGUUCCCAUGUCUGUGUCAUCCUCAUCUCUUAUACACCAGCCCUCUUCUCCUUUUUUACACACCGCUUUGGCCAUCACGUUCCAGUCCAUAUUCACAUUCUUUUGGCCAACGUUUAUCUGCUUUUGCCACCUGCUCUUAAUCCUGUGGUAUAUGGAGUUAAGACCAAACAGAUCUGUAAAAGAGUUGUCAGGGUGUUUCAAAGUGGGCAGGGAAUGGGCAUCAAGGCAUCUGAGUGA